AUGGCAGAGUUUGACCCGGCGGCGUUGCCCGAGCUGCUGCCGGUCUUCUACCGGCGAUUGUUCCCGCACGGCGUCUACGGUCGCUGGCUCGGCUACGGUGGCGUGGUGAAAAACUACUUCCAGCUGCGCGAAUUCUCCUUCACGCUGCGCGACGAUGUCUACCUGCGCUUCCAGUGCUUCAGCAGCCCCCAGGAGCUGGAGCGGGAGCUGCAGAAGGUCAACCCCUACAAGAUCGACAUCGGCGCCGUCUACUCCCACCGACCCAGCCAGCACAGCACCAUACGCCUGGGCACCUUCCAGCCGCGGGAGAAGGAGCUGGUCUUUGACAUCGACAUGACUGACUAUGACGACGUCCGCACGUGCUGCAGCUCGGCCGAGAUCUGCUCCAAGUGCUGGACCCUGAUGACCAUUGCUGUCUGCGUCCUCGACCGAGCGCUCGUGGAGGACCUGGGCGUGAGGCACCGCCUGUGGGUUUACUCUGGCCGGAGGGGUGUCCACUGCUGGGUGUGUGAUGACACGGUGCGGAAAUGGUCCCCAACGCUGCGAGCAGCUGCUGUGGAGUACCUGACCCUGGUUAAGGGUGGAGCAGAGACAGUGAAGAAGGUGAACCUCUCUGAGCCCAUCCACCCUUUCAUCAGGAGGUCAGUCAAUGUGGUGGAGCAGUACUUCGAGGCAUAUGCCCUGGAGGGGCAGGACAUCCUGGGCAGCCCCGAGAGGUGGAACAAGGUGUUGGCCCUUGUCCCAGAGGAGCACCGUGAGGUGCUGCAGGCUGAGUUCCCCAAGAAGCGAGACUCAGUGCAGCGCUGGGAGCUGCUGAAGGGCAGGAUGGAGAGGACACGGGUGAGUGGCUCAGGGGCUGGGAAGAGCACUCCGUGCUAUGCAGACUGGGAGGUGAUGCUGCAGUUCUGCUUCCCUCGCCUCGACAUCAAUGUCAGCAAAGGUGUUGGGCAUCUGCUGAAGAGCCCCUUCAGUGUCCACCCCAAAACAGGUCGCAUUUCGGUGCCAAUGGAUCUGCAGAGGUUGGACCAGUUUGACCCCUUCGCUGUCCCCACCAUCAGCUCCCUGUGCCAGGAGCUGGAUGCGGCCAGUGGUGACAGAGAGCAGGACAGUGGAGAGACGGAGCCCAAGCGCCAUGUGCGGGACUACAAGAGGACGAGCCUGGCACCCUAUGUGAGGGUCUUUGAGCAGUUUGUGGAGGAGAUGGAGCAUGUCCGGAGGGGAGAGCUGCUCCGGAGGAGCGACCUGCAAGGAGACUUCUGA